UUUUGAUUAUAGAAUUCCACGACUGCUGCUGUAUGCUUUAUUUUCUUCCUUCUUUUCGGCCACGUAUUUGAAGGUUCUAACCAAAGGUCCCCUUUCUUUAUUGUGCAUAUAUAAGCAUGCACGAGUGCUUCAGAGUCAGAAACACAUUAUUGGAGGAGAAAAGAAGAGAAGAGAAUUGCCUUGUUUAGUUUGGAUUUGUUUUCUUUUUUUGAGAGACAACUGAUUCCUGAUCACAGGGGCCUUCAUAAGAUCAAACUCCAUUGGUUCUUGAACAUCUAUGGGUUUAUCGCUUUCGUUACUGUAUUCAGCCUGGGGAGAAAUCAUACGACGCAGCUUCUUUCGUUUAACCUACAGCUUCUUUACUUUCAUUCGUAGGCAUGGUGGUAUCCCUUUUAGAGCAGAUAGCUUCAAGAAAUCUGAUACAGAAACCAAGACCAACCCAGUCAAGUCCAAUUCAAGAAAAAGCAAAAAUUCUAUAAACCUGAAGAAUUGCAAACCCGACAAUGUAAUGCUUGACAGGAGUUUAUCAUUCAAGGAUCUAGUUCAAGACAAUGGCAGCUCGGGUUUAGAUAGAGAUAAAUCAAUACAUAAGCCAAUGCCAGCUCGUGAACCGGCAAUUUUGCUUUCGCCGAGGCCGGUUUGUGAGCUCGAAGCUGCUGCAGUUAAACUUCAAAAAGUUUACAAGAGUUACAGGACUAGAAGAAACCUUGCAGAUUGUGCAGUUGUUGUUGAGGAGCUCUGGUGGAAGGCUUUAGAUUUUGCGGCUCUCAAGCGAAGUUCUGUAUCAUUCUUUAAUGUUGAGAAACCUGAAACUGCUGUUUCGAGGUGGGCAAGGGCAAGGACAAGGGCAGCCAAGGUGGGAAAAGGUUUAUCCAAGGACGAAAAGGCUCAAAAAUUAGCCCUACAACACUGGCUUGAAGCUAUUGAUCCUCGCCAUCGAUAUGGCCACAACUUGCACUUGUAUUACGAUGUCUGGUUCAGAAGUGAGAGCACCCAACCUUUCUUCUACUGGUUGGAUGUUGGAGAUGGCAAGGAAGUGAAUCUAGAGAAAUGUCCAAGAACUGUUCUACAACGACAGUGCAUCAAAUAUCUUGGACCAAAAGAAAGGGAAGCAUAUGAAGUAAUAGUUGAAAAUGGAAAGCUUGUUUAUAAAGAAAGUGGAAAACUUGUGGAUACAGUUGAGGGUUCCAAAUGGAUAUUUGUGCUUAGCACAACAAGGGCUUUGUACGUUGGGCAAAAGAAGAAGGGUUCUUUCCAACACUCAAGUUUCCUUUCUGGUGGUGCCACCACUGCAGCUGGAAGAUUGGUUGCCCACAAUGGAAUUCUUGAGGCAAUCUGGCCAUACAGCGGUCACUAUCUUCCAACAGAAGAAAACUUCAGGGAAUUUAUUAGUUUCCUUCGGGAAAAUCAUGUAGAUCUCACAAAUGUUAAGAGGUGUGCAAUUGAUGAUGACAGUCCUUCAAGUGUUGUAUCUGAAGAAGAACAAAAGCCAGAAUCAAUUGUGGGUUCUGCUCCAGUUUCUCAACCCAACGAUACAAAUAAACCUGAUAUGGAUUUGUCCACUAAGGAGACUAAAAUCACAGAGCAAGAAAUUGACACCAGCAAUGCCGACGCCAAGGCAACUGUUUUUGAUUGGCCUGAACGCUUACCUUGCAAGUGGACAACUGGGGCAGGACCCCGGAUUGGGUGUGUCAGAGACUACCCUACAGAGCUGCAAUCAAGAGCAUUGGAACAGGUCAACCUAUCUCCUCGGGUGCCUCCUGGGACUUUCAAUAACUAUGGUCCAAUCCCAUCUCCACGCCCCAGUCCACAGGUUAGGGUGUCUCCUAGGCUUGCAUACAUGGGAAUCCCUAGUCCCAGGACGCCAAUUCCUGUAAACUAAGGCAUUUCAGACACAGAAGAAUCACUUUGGUCAUGGGUUGAAGAUUAGGCACUACUGGUGCUUGAUGGGUUUUUUAAAUCAAUAAGGGUGGAUCAAGGGACUAACCCUUUUUUUUUUUUUUUCAUUUCCCUCUUCAUUUAUUACUUCAUUUUUUUGAAAUGGCUCAACUGAGCCAACUUUUCUUUUUAACCCAAUUCUAGCCCCUGUUUUUAGUGUUGGGUUUUGUAUAUCUUUCUUGGAUAAAGGCAAUUGAUUAGUAUUCAUCUUCAAUGAAUCAUAAUUCAAAUAAAUUUUGAUAUCCUCUUCU